GGAAAACUCAGAAGCGAGAUGGAAAUUGUGUGUUAAUGUUUAAUUGUUUACUUCCUUUCCAUUCCUUCCCUUUCCUAUCUACUUGGAAUUGAACCGGAAAGUGAAUUCCUUUUCCCCCCCGGCACAGAAUUGUAUUAGCAUAUAUAUUCGCUUUUUUCACCCCAAACAGACACGUAGCUUUCACAUGGGUUGAACAGUAAUUUUAUACAUUGUUCUUCUCCAAUCAGCACUGCACAAGCCGCCCCGAAAAGAAAAGGUGGGAGCUUUAAAGAGGGAAAGCAGAAUCUUAAUGCACACGCCAAACAGAGUGGAGAGAAAGGAACAGUGCAACUCUGCAACUGCAAUUGGCCGCCCACUUAGCCUCUGCCUUAAGCUCCAGAGCAUACCAUAAAAACGACGGCUUGGAUUCGUCGGCUGGCAGGAGAAACAAAAUGCUGGAGUAUGAGUGGGGAAAUGCAACAAUGCUAUCUGGGGAGGAGCCGACGCAGGAGGAGGCUGACCCGACCCGCCAGAUUUUCGAUUACACGUCCGCCGCCAACCAACAACCCUUCAACGAAACAUUUCUUCACCAGCAAAACACCGUCAACCCCUUUUCCAACCACAAUCACAAUCACUUCCAUAACCCUGCCCAAGCCCAUCUCCCCUCCAUUUACGAUCCACGCGCCUACUCUAGCGCGUCAGCCUAUUGCGCUCCUCACUCCUCCUCCUUGCUGUCCCUGGACCCUGUCUCGGGGGGAGGCGGCAGUGGUUACUUCCUAGUCCCCAAGACGGAGGAAGUUGCUAGAUCACCUCUGGAUUUCACGACGAGAAUCGGGCUCAACUUGGGCGGCCGGACGUAUUUCUCUUCCGCGGAAGACGAUUUUGUUAACCGGCUCUACCGCCGCUCCAGACACGGUGAUACAGGCUCAACAAGCUCUCCCCAGUGCCAGGCCGAGGGCUGCAACGCUGACCUCACUCACGCCAAGCACUACCAUAGGCGCCAUAAAGUCUGCGAGUUUCACUCCAAGGCCGCCACCGUGAUGGCCGCCGGAUUGACUCAGCGAUUCUGCCAGCAGUGCAGCAGAUUCCAUCUUCUUUCAGAGUUUGAUAAUGGGAAGCGCAGUUGCCGGAAGAGGUUGGCCGAUCACAACCGUCGCCGGCGGAAGUCUCAGCAACAACCGAAUCAUGAGAGCCAAAAAUCGCAGCCUGAAGCAGCCGGGAUUUCCUCCCCUGAUUACCUCGCAAAGUCACCACCAGAUUCUGGAGUGAACUCGUCGUCCUCUGUGACGGUGGCUGUGUCACCACCGCGAAUGUCUUUGGACUGUUUCCGGAAAAGAUCAUACCAUGCAGUGGCAUCAUCGUCAUCAUCAAACUCACUGUUUUUCUCCAGUGGGUAAAUUGCUGGUCUGAAAUUGAGAGGAAGGAGAUCGAUUAGCCUGCUACUACUAGUCUAUCAAUUAAAUAACAAGUUAAAUGCCUUUAAUUUUCCAGGAAUUAAUUUCAGUACUCUUUUGUAUGAAUUGGUGUUAGAUUUACACUAAUAUAUCAAAAGAAAAUCUAAUGUUUAUUCCUUAUUAUUAUUAUUAUUAUUAUUAUAAAAUUCCCAACCAUAU